AUGUUUUUCAACAGCGCCGCGAAUCGUGCCAACCCAGGCCUUCCAACCCUCCCACCACUCCCACCCGUAUUUGGACUAGAUGGUUUCGAGAUCGAGAUCCCAGAAAUCCCAGAGACAGCAUCAGGACUAGGACGACAUUGGCUUGGCUGGGGAUCAAAUAACAAUGCGGUCGUUUCAAAGAGUAUUGUUACAUUACAAAAUAGAAAUGCAAACCUACGAAGGGAAAAUGGACGAUUGCGAAAUCUAGGUGAAUCAUGGCAAAGGGAAGUUGGACGACUGCGAAAUCAAAAUGUCAGACCGGACAGAGAAGCCGAUCGACAAAAUCAGAUUAUCGAGGAGCUACGUACCCAAUUAGCCAAAUUAGGGAGACAAGAUGAGAAACAAACGCAUACUAUUCAAGGACUCAGGGAACAGGUAGAAAGAUUGGGGGGAAAAGAUCAGACGAUUGAGGAAUUACGCAUUCAGAUAUCGGAGCUUAGGAGAGAAGAUUCUUUACACGCACAAACUAUUCGAGAGCUCAGGGAGAAGAUAGCCACAGCAGGAGAGAAAGAUAGGACAAUCGAGGAACUACAAACCCAAAUGUCAGAGGUGAGGAGAGAGAACGACUCACAUGCACAUACCAUCCAAGAACUCAGGGAGAAAACAGCCAAGCUACUUGACAACCCAACCAUCGAAGACUUCCGUACUCAAAUAACCACCCUAUCAGAGACCAUUGAUCAAAAAGACCUGAUCAUCGAAACCCUUCACAAGCAAGUAACCAUCUUGACCGAACAGCACAGUAAACAAGUAACCGAGCUCCGCGAACGCAUAACCACCGUGUCGAAAGAAAACGACGAGCGCGUAAACAUCAUGUCCGAACUCCGCGUCAAGCUCACGGAAGAAAGUGAAAAAACUAUGAAGCAGGAGGGGACCAUUUCCUCUCUCCGCGAUAAGCUAGUUAGCGAGGCUGAAAAGUGCGAGGUUCAUCGUCUCUGGGCAGAGAGACAACACGAGAAAGAAAUGGAAAAGGCGCAAUAUGAGCUUGGCGAAGUGCGGGUUCAGAACGCGACGCUGAAACUGCGCUUGAAUACAAUUGAAGAGGAGAGGGAUGAGGCGAGGAAGGCGGAGAAGUUGACGAAUGAUGGGUAUGAGGAGGUGGUGAAGAGGAGCGGAGCGCUGGAGGCGACGAAUGAAUCGCUAGAGGGUAGAUUGAUGAGAUUCAAGAGGAGAGAGGAAGAGAUGUCGGCGGAGACGGCGAAACAGGUGGGUGUGUAUGAGGAGGAAAUUAGGGGUCUGAAGGAGGAGUUGAGGAUUGCGAAGAUGGCUGGGGCUCAACAAGCUCCCAAAGGGACGUGA